UUCUUCAGUUUUGGGUCUCAGUUUUAUGAAAAGGAUCCAGGGUAUAUGCUAAUUCGAGACAGUGGGCUCAAAACAGAAGUAGACGUGUGAAUGAAAAUGGAACAAGUUAGGGACUCGAACCAAUUUUAAACCAAAUAUCAAUGUCAUUUUCCAUAUCCUUCUGAUUACUAGUAAUUGCAUAUUUAUAUAUAAAGAAACUAUCAUAAAAUUGUGGAAAAUAUAGAACCACUACAUCACCAUCCCCGUCCCUACCAAAAAUUCUGAAUCAAAGCGCCUUACGAAUUCAAAACAUUACGCUAAACUACAACCAUGCAUUUGGCAGUGGACAUCGACCCACCACUUUUAGCUUAAUUAUUUUGCUCACUUUUCAAGGCUCCCCAUUUCUUUCAGCUACCUCUUAACGGACCAUCAUACAUUCCCGUUCCGUUUCAGACCAGUUAUCCCUUUCAUUUGCCACCGACCGCCGUUCCCACUUUCUUGUCGCUUUCUUUCCUCUGGACUUUAAAACCCUUCUUCCAUUCUCAGCCAGUAGUCAUUUUGCAAACUAUUCACUCCUCUCACCUUAUCCCUCAACCUCCUUGUGAAUCUCUCUCCAAUGGCCAAGAUCAAGAUUGGAAUCAACGGAUUUGGAAGGAUUGGGAGGUUGGUAGCAAGGGUUGCUCUCCAGAGAAACGAUGUUGAACUCGUUGCUGUUAACGACCCUUUUAUCACCACUGAUUACAUGACCUACAUGUUUAAGUACGACAGUGUUCAUGGCCAAUGGAAGCAUCAAGACGUGAAGGUUAAGGAUUCUAAGACCCUUCUCUUUGGUGAGCAGGCUGUUACAGUUUUUGGUAUCAGGAAUCCAGAGGAGAUCCCAUGGGGUGAGACAGGAGCUGAAUAUAUUGUAGAGUCCACUGGUGUUUUCACAGACAAAGACAAGGCUGCUGCCCAUUUGAAGGGUGGUGCAAAGAAGGUUAUCAUCUCAGCUCCCAGCAAGGAUGCUCCCAUGUUUGUUGUGGGAGUCAAUGAGAAGGAAUACAAACCAGAUCUUGAUGUUAUAUCUAAUGCUAGCUGCACUACCAACUGUCUUGCUCCUCUUGCAAAGGUCAUUCAUGAUAGAUUUGGCAUUGUUGAGGGUCUGAUGACCACUGUUCACUCAAUGACUGCCACACAAAAGACUGUUGAUGGACCAUCUAGCAAAGACUGGAGAGGUGGAAGAGCUGCUUCAUUCAACAUCAUCCCUAGUAGUACUGGAGCUGCUAAGGCUGUCGGAAAAGUUCUGCCCGCAUUGAAUGGAAAACUUACCGGUAUGGCCUUCCGUGUUCCUACUGUUGAUGUCUCCGUAGUUGACCUUACAGUGAGGUUGGAGAAGCCAGCAUCGUAUGAUGAUAUUAAAGCUGCCAUCAAGGAGGAGUCUGAGGGAAAGUUGAAAGGAAUUUUGGGUUACACCGAAGAUGAGGUGGUGUCCACUGAUUUUUUGGGUGACAACAGGUCAAGUAUUUUCGACGCCAAGGCCGGGAUCGCACUGAAUGAAAACUACGUGAAGCUCGUCUCGUGGUACGACAAUGAGUUAGGCUACAGUACUCGUGUUAUUGACUUGAUUGUUCACGUCGCUUCUGUCCAUUAAGGGAAAGAUGCAAUGGGCUUCCAUUCAAUUGCCCGUUAGUUUUCUUUCUUCAGCAGUGUUCCGAGGCUCCAUCGAUGAGUGAGUUGAGAAAUUAUAAUAAUAAAAAAAGAGUUUUCAAAGGCUUCUCUUUACUCUUUUGAACUUCUUCCCAUUUUAUGAAAAGCUCUGUUGCUUUUCAAAUGUGACACUUCAAUUUUCCCAGCAUGUUCUGUUCUUCUUCCUCGGUGAAGAUAUCUCAUGUUUUCUGUGAUAUUUCUACUUGUUGAUGUAUUCGUUAAUUCGAGUUAUGGAAUUUUUUUUUUUAAAUUUGGAUUAUUAUUGAUGAUUGAUAUUUUCUA